AAUAUACGUAGUUGUACCUUACAAAAUUUUAUCUUGCGAUCUAUACCAUUACCUAAAUAUUUAGUUGAAGAAGAACUCUGAUGUGUUUUCAAAUUGAUGAAUGUUAUAAUGAAUUUUGGGAAUUUUAUACUUUUACUUUUGUGUAUAGUUUACAUCGACCUGUAUAAACCGACCUUCUAUGUUGAUGGUAAAGCUGGUGACAAUUGUAGUGGAAAUGAUACAUCAACGUGUGGAAGUCCAUCAACACCAUACGUGUGUAAGAAUGACUACUGUAUUUGUGACCGGAAACUGUUUUUUGAAGAUGAUGUUGGGAAUUGUGUUGAAUAUAAAGAUCCUGUUCCACCAUCUAAAGUUGAAAUAGUGGACCAAACAGCCACUAAUUUAACUGUUACAUGGACAAAACUAGCAGAAUACCCUGGUCCUAUGGCGUUUGUUGUAGAAAUGUUUGAAACAGAAAGGCGAGACAGUGAAGUAGCAGAUAAAACAUUGUAUACCGCACAUAUUGGCAAGAACGCUUACAACACUACCAAGUAUAUCCACAGCAAUCGUAUUGUUGGUUACUGGACCUACAGAGCUGCUGUAAGGGUAUUUCUACUAAAUGAUGAAAGCUCGAAUAAUUCAUACUCAAAGCAAAUCAGGACACCCACAGCUCCGGCAGGUACAGUUCAUGUAUUCCGUGUUAUUAUUCUGGGACAUAAUCAUUCCGAUGCUAAAGUUUGGUGGAGAUGUCCACAUGAGAAGGAGCGCAAUGGUAUUAUAACAAACUACACUGUAGAAAUAAAAUUGAAUGUAAUACGAAAGUUUAUCACGUGGAAACAAGCAAAAGAAGCUGAUUUUAAUUCGCCAUUUUUAGUAACAAAGGGAGAUUGGAUAAAACUCUCUAAUAAUUCGGAAUUUUCCACCUUUACGGCGGGCAAUGAUGAUGGUUGUGAUGAAAAACCGACUGAGGAAAUUUGUAAUGGACCUUUAGAACCAGGUACAGCAUACCAAGCGAUUGCGUUUUCGUGUACCAGUGUUGGGUGUUCAUAUACAUAUCUAGGAGGUUCGGGUUGGUAUAGAACGCAAGAUAAAGAUAGAACGAUACCAAUUGUGGCAGGUAUUUUGGGUACAGUGGCUGGUCUGAUUCUGAUUGGUGUUGUCAUUGUCUUAUAUAAAAAAGGAAAACUACCAUGUUCCAGUAAACAGCGUCCCUAUUCGGUGACUCAAACGGAACAUAAAGAUAGAACGAUACCAAUUGUGGCAGGUAUUUUGGGUACAGUGGCUGGUCUGAUUCUGAUUGGUGUUGUCAUUGUCUUAUAUAAAAAAGGAAAACUACCAUGUUCCAGUAAACAGCGUCCCUAUUCGGUGACUCAAACGGAACUGUUUAGCCAAUGA